AUGACCAUGGCUUCAGUCGUCGCUGCCACACUCCCUGCUCGUGCUGAGGCACCCAUCACAUUCAAAUGUGUUUUGUUAUGCAGUUUCGCAGCCUUUGGCGGUAUCCUGUUCGGCUACGACUCGGGUUACAUCAACGGCAUCCUGGCCAUGAACAAGUUUCACCAUGAUUUCGGCGUUCCCUCCUCUGACGCCAACGCCUUCGGAGGGCACCUCCUGCCCUCCUGGCAAAAAUCCUUAAUGACUUCUAUCCUCUCACUUGGCACUUUCCUUGGUGCCUUGCUCACCGGAUGGGCUGCUGAUCGCUGGGGUCGCAAGAAUACGAAUAUCGUGGGUUGUGCUAUCUACAUUGUUGGUGUUGUUCUUCAGGUUGUGACAGACGGGAAUUUUGCCUGUCUUACGUCUGGAAGAGCUAUUGCUGGCCUGGGUGUGGGAUUCGUGUCGGCUUGUGUUAUUAUGUAUGUUAGUGAGAUCACGCCCAAGAGCAUCAGAGGCCGGGUUGUUGGUGGAUAUUAG